AUGAAAAUCUUUCUCAUUUUUUCUUCAUUUUUAUUGUUAUUUUCUGAUGGAAAAUCCCUGAAUUCAAAUUCAAAUCGACCGGAGGACCCCUUCAAAACAAAAUUUGUGGCUAGUAAAAGUGAGGAGCUCACUGACACCGAGGAUGAAGACGUCUCCCUCGAAGAAUCGCAUGAGCUAGUCAGAAUCACCACCACCCGAGCGCCACGUCUUCUAUAUCCCCCUACUCAUCAGAAUCUUCUCUACUCCAUAUUCCCUACCCUUCAAAAAGAAAAAGACUGGAGAAAGUACUGUCCAGCGAAUCAAUAUCAAUUCCAAAUCACUUGCCGUCCCGGGAAAAAACUUCGCUACGAUCUCCAAUUAUUCUGCCAACAGUUUUCUGACAUGUGUGGUGUCCCGAAUAUCAAUUUAUAUCCUAGCAGAUAUCAGACGGAAGACGACGGACGGCCCGCUGGAUACGGACAGAAACAGAAGAAUGGAAACUUUGGAGUCGGAAGAUCUUGGGCGUUUGGAUUGGGAGCCAUUCCUGGAAUGGAGGUUCGCACGAGUCAAGGAGCCGAUAUUGGAAAUGAGAAAUUGCCGUUCUUUGAUCAGAUCGGUGGAAUGAUGCUCAAUUACGGAGGAGAAGUCGGUGUCCUGGGACAUCGCACCGGAAAGGGACCAGCUCGAUCUAUGAAUGCGUUGGCUCGUGGAUACCCAUCCCUCGGUCUAGGUCCACCAAAUAAGGCAGCAGACAGUCAAUUCCAAGAAUCUGUGGCAAAGGCGUUAGGUGUCCCAUCGCUAAACAAUGUGUUCAAUAAACUAGCGAAAAAUUCCAAGAACAAGAAGAUUACCGGUUAUGAACCGGGAUACGGAGCAGUCAAUCCUCAUGGUCCAUUUGCAAUUGGAAAGACCGACCUCGACGAUAUCAACCUGCCUGGUGGCUUCGGCGCUAUCGAAAUGCUGCGUGGAAGUGGAAUGGGUAUUGGAAAGAAGUAA